CUCGCCCGCUUCCGCUGUUCGGGGCGGAAGCGGCCGCGGGAGCUCGGAGGGGCGGCGGCGGAGCCAUGGGGCCCGGCUAGGUGGCCGGCCGAGGCGAUGUCGGGCUACGGACGCCGCCAGGGCGCUCCCCCGCUGUCCCGGGCGCGGAGCCUCGUGGUGACGGACGCUCCUGCGUUCUGUGAGCGCCGGUCUUGCCUGCCCCAGCUAGACUGUGGGCGGCCCCCUUUCCUCGGCUUUCGGCCGACGUUUAUGUGCUAUGUGCCCAGCCCGGUGCUGGCUUCCGUGGGAGACACAGAUUUUGGCUAUGAAAAAGGGAAAUGUACUAAGCAAGGUCCAUCAGGAGCUCACGAGACACGAUUUGGAGAUGAUAAACCUGAAGACCUUGAAGAAGCAAAUCCGUUCUCCUUUAAAGAGUUUCUGAAAACCAAGAACCUCAGCUUGUCGAAAGAUAACACAAACAACAGUAGAAUUUACCCAAAGGAAACCUCGAGGCGCUCCCUGGGACUGGACUCUGGCUCCCCAACUGCCCAGGCUGUGGGCUUCAGCCUGGACUAUCAGCAGCCAUUUUUCGAAGACCUGACAGGGGCAGGAGAUCUCCUGGAAGAGGAUGAUGACGAAGAAGAUGGGUGGAACGGGGCCUAUCUGCCGUCUGCCGUGGAGCAGACUCGCUCAUCUCGGGCCACGGCCAGCACGUCCCCCUGCGGCACCUACCUUUCCUUCUUCUCCACCCCGUCGGAGCUGGCAGGGCCCGAGUCCCUGCCCCCGUGGGCGAUGAGUGACACAGACUCACGCAUCUCCCCGGCAUCCCCACCUGGGAGUCCAGACACCAACUUCCCGGCUCACGGAGAGUGCCUGGGAGACAGGCAGCUGCGGACGCUACAGAUAAGCUACGAGGCGCUGAAAGACGAAAACUCUAAGCUAAGAAGAAAGCUCAAUGAGGUUCAGAGCUUCUCUGAAACUCAGACAGAAAUGGUGAGGACGCUGGAGCGGAAGCUGGAGGCGAAGAUGAUCAAGGAGGAGAGCGACUACCAUGACCUGGAGUCGGUGGUGCAGCAGGUGGAGCAGAACCUGGAGUUGAUGACUAAACGGGCCGUGAAGGCAGAGAAUCACGUCAUGAAACUCAAGCAGGAAGUGAACCUGCUCCAGGCACAGGUCUCCAACUUCAAGCGAGAGAACGAAGCCCUGCGGUCAGGCCAGGGUGCUAGCCUCACGGUGGUGAAGCAGAACACCGACGUGGCCCUGCAGAACCUCCGCGUGGUCAUGAACAGUGCACAUGCAUCCAUAAAGCAGCUGGUUUCGGGAGCCGAGACGUUGAAUCUCGUUGCUGAAAUCCUUAAAUCCAUAGACAGAAUCUCUGAGAUUAGAGAAGACGAGGAGAACUCUUGAGGCCACCAGGUGCUUUCAGCUCCUGGCUCCCUGCACCCGGAUCACCGCCGCCAUCUGAGUGCGCAGCUGCGCCCCAUUACGCGUCCUCCACUGAGUAAAGCAUCAUCAUGAGACCCGGACCCCACCACCCACGCAGUGUUACUGGCCAUCGUUCUAGGAGCGGCACCUGUGUGCUGCACCCACGGUUUAUAAAUGGUCCUUCUUGGUGAAAUUCUGCUUUACAGAUUCAGUGAUCUAUCGGGAGGAAUUUUUACGAAAUGUAGUGGUUUUUGAAGGAAAUUCUAAGUAGCCUCUCUGCAGUAAGUAUUUUUAUCACCAUCCCAGCACUAACUGCAGGACACUGCAUGGCCAGGACAGGAACUUGUGCCUUUUUGCUGCCACUUGGUUUGCAGCUGGCUGGCAGCUCACACCAAAGCCUUCAGGGCAGCUCAGUACUCGGACUGAGUGUGAAGCCCCACCUGGGGGACACAGCUCCCCUCUCGUUCUGGGGGCAGAGGCCACACAUUCCAUGGUAGGGAGUCUCUGAGCUCUCAGUUUGGUCCAUGUUCCCGGUGACGUUUUGUGCAGUGCCGCGUAGGGCUUGGGACAUGGUGUGCAGAGCCUCCUGGGGUGGCAGGGCCUUGGGUUGCCCUUGUCUUUCCUGCCUGGGGAGGACACAGCCAGGACCCUGUGCUUUGUUGGCUGUCUUCCCAUAUGUGGUUUGUUUUAGUAAGUUUAAUCCUCUAACACUGUUGUUUAAAUAAACCAAAGCCCAUGUGCUGUGUCUGCAUUGUGACUUGGCUUGUUCCUCAUGCCAAGACCCAUGCAGCUGUCCUCUUAA